AUGGUAAAGGAUUUCUUAAAUCUUUAGAUACCGAAAUCCUUGCUCAAGAAGAUGGUGUUCUAAACACCCACAGCAAAAGGACAGGUGAUCUUCAGAAAUUAGAGUAUUGCUCCAAAGUGAUUCUCACAACCCUAUUCUUUGCUCUCCCCUCUGACGCCAAAGCUGAUAUCACGAAAAUCGAAACUUACAAUCUUCAAUCGAAUGGAUUUCAUCUUAAAAUUUCUGCAUCGAAGUAUUUGUUUGAAGAUACCAUUAUUACAAUGGAUUUACAGCAUGUGGAAGUUCCAAGGACCGUGGAGGGAUUUUCUAAGCUAAAGUCACAAACUAAAAAUAAUAUAAUAGAUUUUUAUAAGACAUUAAGAAAAG